ACACACUCUCACACAUACACACACACUCAUACAUGACCCUCACACAGAGACAGACACACAUUCUCACACACAUGUUUUUAUUAUUCGUUUCGUGAAAGUGAUUAUAAUAAACACAAUAAACACAGUAAACAUUAGUAACAGCAUCACCCCCCCCCUCCCCGGCCUCUCCUGUUAGCUCACAUGCUAACACCCUAGCUCAGAAGCUAAGCUCCGUGUCUGUGUCUCAGUGUCAGUAGUUGAGACGCACCGGCUCCAUCCACAUUCCGGUGCCGUUGAAUCGAACCGAGCCUCCGAACACACGCAGCCCGAGCGCGUUCACACCACAGGGACACACAGUAGCGACAUCCAGCGACCAAACGACUGAAGAUGAUUAAGCUGUUUUCCCUGAAGCAGCAGAAGAAAGACGAGGAAUCUGCUGGAGGAAACAGAGCAGGAGCCGGGGGGAAAAAAGCCAGCGCGGCCCAGCUCCGCAUACAGAAAGACAUCAAUGAGUUGAACCUGCCAAAGACGUGUGAGAUCAACUUCCCUGACGACGACGAUCUCCUCAACUUCAGACUCAUCAUCUCACCAGACGAGGGUUUUUACAAAGGAGGAAAGUUUGUCUUCAGCUUUAAGGUAGGACAGGGUUACCCUCACGAUCCUCCUAAGGUCAAGUGUGAGACGAUGGUUUAUCACCCGAACAUCGACCUGGAGGGAAACGUUUGCUUAAAUAUCCUGAGAGAGGACUGGAAGCCUGUGUUGACAGUUAACUCCAUCAUCUACGGUCUACAGUAUCUGUUUCUAGAGCCAAAUCCUGAGGAUCCUCUGAACAAAGAGGCUGCUGAGGUUCUGCAGACGAACCGAAGGCUCUUUGAACAGAACGUCCACCGCUCUCUGAGAGGAGGCUACGUGGGCGCCACCUACUUUGAGAGGUGUCUGAAAUAAGACGCCACAUCAUGUUCCAAACACCCCGCCCCCUUCACGCCCCUCCCCCUCUGUCUCAGCCCCUCCCCCCGUCCCAGGAGCAGCGGCAGCUGCGGUGGCGUCAGAUCACAGCACGCCACAGGACGCUUUUCUGUUUUAAAACAAAAGACGAAGACACGCCCCCUUCUCCUUCCGCCUUUUUUUCUGUUUUAUUUCAACCGUUUACACGCCACAGGCGGACACGCCCACCUGGACUCACAAAGAUGGCCGACAGAGAGUGGUGGCCUCAGGCCCUGAUGAUGAAGAUGAAGAUGACGAUGAUGGUGAUGAAGGUGGACGGGGCGUUGUUUGUUGCUCAGGUGAUUCAAUGAUUGGCUGAACGCUGCAGCGCCUCUGGUGUUUGGUUUCUUUUGGGUUUUUUUGGCACCUGACGUCACACAGGAAGCCACGAGGACACGCCCACCUCCAUUUUGCUGCCAUUUGCUUGUUUGUCACACAAACUUCAGCAAACUCCAAACACAACAUCACUGUUCUUGUCACCUGAUGACAUGAAGUCAGAGUGGGUGGGGCUUGUUAAUGUGGGAGGAGAAUGUACCGUUUAAAGAAAAAAACCUAAAACUUUUGUGUUAGAGCCACGGGGGAGGAGUUUUUAAGAUUCGGAGGGGCUCUUGUGUGUCAGAGAUUCUCCAGAGUGGGAGGGGCUUGCAAGUUACACCAGGAGCAUGUGGGAGUGGCCUGUCAGAGUGGGAGGGGCUGGGGUGAGGAGCCACAAGUCACGCGACAGGACAGCCUGACCUCACAGAACACAUCAACACUGAUUGGUUUAGGAGUUUGCUGCAAAGUUACACACACACACCGGUCUGCAUCAAGGGGUGGAGCUUCCUGUCAAGUGGUGGUGCUGUCAUGGGGUGGGGGCGGUCCUUAUGUUUUAAAGGAGCAGGUUGUGGGAGAAGUUUAUGGAAAGGAAAGGAGGGGUUUUCAUUUUGCUGGCUGGGGUGGGAGGGU